AAGGAAUGAUUCGACCAUUUGACGACGAUGGCGCGCGAGGACAGCAAUGUGCCGGUGCUGGAGGCGGCCAGGGAAGACGAACCGACGAACAAUCGAGGCAACUUCACGCGCAACUUGAACAAGGAAGACGAUAGUUCCGUCGCGAAGAAGAUGUUCUUUGGUGGCCUCGCGCUCCUGCCGUGGCUCUGGGCGGUCAACGUGUUCCACUACCGAGCGCAAUUCGUCGACGGCACCAUCGACCCAAAAACGACGAUCUGGGUGCGUCGGUCGUUCGUUGGCUUCGUCAUUGUUACCCUCAUCUUCACGGCGUGGGUUGUCACGUUCCAGCUUUCGUGGAAAACGAACGGGUGGCAGAAGCUGCUGCUCGUCGUGCCUCCAGAAGACCUCGACCGCGGGUGGUAGUCGAAUUCGCACGAAGUAUACCUGCACAGAGACUUUACGUAUACGAUGCGCCUGUUUGUUGUUACGUGUCAUCUCGGAGGUAAGCCUGACGUCUGCAGCGGGGUCUCAACCUCGCGCGACAUCUAUUCACCACA